ACAAGAUAUCUCGAGGAAAGCAUUAUUUUGUCGGAUUUUUCAUUGGAUGAUCGUCCAGUUAAAGCAAUAUAAUUUCACUGAAGCUCUUUGAUUUAAGUGCGUUUCAACCUCAUGUUCUUCAUAAUUAUCAAGGUAUUGCCUAUGAUGCACACAUCCCUUAUACAUACUACUGUUACAAAGUUAUGCAAGUCCCUUUCUUGUCACCUUCGACGCCAGUUUCUGUCGUUAUUACCAUCUCCUGAGUAUCGACCUUUCAGAAUGACAAUGAACAAAUUAUCCAUUCCCUUCACUGUUCGCUUCUUUACUAUACUUCCUAAACUCAACAUUCAAACUGUCAUUACAGCUAUAGAGCAAGAUAUUAUAUAUUUGCGCAGGAAUCGCACUCAACUUAUUCCAUCAUUCCUUGAAUCGAAAUCUCACAGCUAGUCUCUACUAUUUACCAGAAACCGCAAAGGAAAAUUCCCUUCGCAUUCUACACAGGACCUCAAAGCGAAAAUCGACUAGAUUAGUUAAACCGCAUGUUCAGCCAUUAGGAAAAUCCAAUAACACAGGAUCUAUCCGCAAUUCGAUAAUAUAUUAAGCAUAAAAUAAUGAGAUGUAAUAUACAAACCUCUAAGUGUGAAGUGUCUGUCGCUGGAAACCGUUAAACGAACAUUCCCUAUGCGUCAGUUAAUAAAACUAAAAGUCCGUGCCAAUGGCCAUCCAUGUAUACACGAAAAAGACUGCGAAUGCUUCACAGAGCGCGAUGUGUCACCAAUAAACAAU